AACUUCCAUGUUUAAAUGUUGGUAACGAUGCAAAGGACUUUUAAAACCAAAGAAAUGUUUAUUGUUAGAGCUCUAGAAAAGAUACUUAGCGACAAAGAUAUAAAGCGAUCGCACCACUCCCAGUUGAAACGGGCUUGUGAGGUGGCAUUGGAAGAGAUACGAAAUGAACUGAAAGAUGGAGGUCAGGAUGGCCCUAACUCAUCAUCUGCCUUGCCAUUACCAAAGAAUGAUGAAGCCAAUAUCAUUACAGCAGAGAAAUACUUUCUUCCAUUUGAAUUGGCAUGUCAGAGCAAAGCAGCUAGGAUUGUUGUCACAGCUCUUGAUUGUCUUCAGAAACUCAUAGCUUAUGGACAUUUAACUGGAAAUAUUCCUGACUCAACUACUCCAGGAAAAUAUCUUAUUGAUCGCAUUGUUGAAACAAUAUGUGGAUGUUUCAGUGGCCCACAAACAGAUGAAGGGGUUCAGUUACAAAUAAUAAAGGCCUUGCUGACAGUUGUAACAAGUCAGCAUGUUGAAGUUCAUGAAGGGACAGUUCUUCUGGCAGUACGAACUUGUUACAACAUAUACCUGGCUAGCAAGAACCUGAUCAAUCAGACAACAGCUCGUGCCACAUUAACUCAGAUGCUGAAUGUCAUCUUCACACGCAUGGAAAGUCAAGCAGCAGAUGAUAUUAACAAAGGGAAAGAAAAUGUGGAGGGAAUGGAGUUGAACCAAGGUGAAGCAAAGCCAUCAGACUACCUGGAUGGAGGAACUGAUAAAUGUGAGAAGAAAGCUGAGGGUGUCAUCCAGUCUGAAUCUGAGAUGAGUCAUCGUGACAUGGUACGAGGGAUGUUGAUUGGCAUUGUAGAUACUGUGGUUCAAGGCUGUGAAGGUGAUGGAGCAACACUGAGAACAAAUACAAGUGCUGAAGAGAGUGGAGAUUCAUUCAGUCCAGUGCUGGAAUCUCAGUCUGACAAUGGUAGCCUGCAGAAUCAACCCACAACUCCAUCCAUCACUCGUGUACCCUCUCAGGAGAGCAUGGAUGUGAAUGAAGCAGACACAGCUGUUACAGCAAAGUUUACUCAUGUCCUUCAGAAAGAUGCAUUUCUUGUGUUCAGAGCCCUCUGCAAGCUGUCCAUGAAGCCGCUUCCCGAAGGACAGCCAGAUCCAAAGUCACAUGAGUUACGCUCAAAGAUUCUAUCCCUCCAUCUUCUGUUGUCAAUCCUCCAGAAUGCUGGUCCAGUAUUCAGAGCCAAUGAAAUGUUUGUGACAGCAAUCAAGCAGUAUCUGUGUGUAGCCCUCUCGAAGAAUGGAGUCUCCUCCGUCCCUGAAGUGUUUGAACUUUCACUAGCAAUAUUUCUUGCUCUUUUGUCAAAGUUCAAGAUGCACUUAAAAAUGCAAAUUGAGGUAUUCUUCAAGGAAAUUUUCUUAAAUAUCCUGGAAACAUCGAGCUCUUCAUUUGAACAUAAAUGGAUGGUGAUUCAAGCUCUAACCAGGAUCUGUGCUGAUGCUCAGAGUGUUGUUGACAUUUAUGUUAAUUAUGAUUGUGACUUGUCUGCAGCAAAUCUCUUUGAAAGACUAGUCAACGACCUGUCAAAGAUUGCUCAGGGGCGACAAGCUCUGGAAUUGGGUGCUACACCAAAUCAAGAAAAGUCAAUGAGGAUUCGAGGUUUAGAGUGCUUAGUUUCUAUUCUGAAAUGUAUGGUAGAAUGGAGUAAAGAUCUUUAUGUGAAUCCUAACUCUCAAACAACUUUGGGUGCUGAUCGUCACAAGGAAACUGACAGUGAGUUGGUACCUCCAAAAGGUAACAGCAGCAUUAAGUCUUAUGGCAGUAACAACAGCCUCAAUUCUGGCAGUUCAGGACAGGGGAGUGUGAUUGGUUCUGGCAACAACAGAGAAGCUCCUGACACACCAGAACAGUUUGAAGUGCUCAAACAUCAGAAGGAAAUCUGGGAAACAGGCAUUACUUUGUUCAGUAGGAAACCGAAGAAAGGUAUACAUUUCCUUCAGGAGCAGAGGUUAUUGGGUAAUACAUCUGCUGAGAUUGCAGAAUGGUUACAUGCAAAUGAUCGUUUAGAUAAAACUGGCAUCGGAGAUUUUUUAGGGGACAGUGAUGAUUUCAGUAAGGAGGUAAUGUAUGCAUAUGUCGACCAGAUGGAUUUUGGCAAUAGAGAUAUGGUGUCAGCAUUACGCUACUUUCUGGAGGGAUUCCGUCUACCUGGUGAAGCUCAGAAGAUUGAUAGACUGAUGGAGAAAUUUGCUAGCAGAUACUGUGAAUGCAAUCCAAACAAUGGAUUAUUUGCAAGCGCAGACACAGCGUAUGUGCUAGCCUAUUCUGUGAUAAUGCUAACCACAGAUUUGCACUCUCCACAAGUAAAGAGUAAGAUGACUAAAGAGCAGUACAUUCGUCUGAACCGUGGAAUCAGUGACAGUAAGGACCUACCUGAGGAAUACCUGUCCAACAUCUAUGAUGAGAUUGCUGGUCAUGAAAUCAAGAUGAAGGGAACAGUGAAUAAACCAGGAAAACAAUUAAUCUCAAGUGAAAAGCGACGACGUUUCCUAUGGAAUGUGGAAAUGGAGGUGAUCUCUACAGCUGCUAAGAACCUGAUGGAAUCUGUGAGCCACGUCCAGGCUCCUUUCACAUCUGCAAAACAUCUUGAACAUGUACGGCCAAUGUUUAAGAUGGCUUGGACUCCCUUUCUGGCAGCAUUUAGUGUGGGGCUGCAAGACUGUGACGAUCCUGAAAUUGCAUCCCUUUGCCUUGAUGGAAUCAGAUGUGCCAUCCGGAUAGCUUGCAUUUUCCACAUGACGCUGGAAAGGGAUGCGUAUGUCCAGGCACUGGCCAGGUUCACAUUGCUAACUGCUAACUCACCUAUCACUGAAAUGAAGGCUAAGAAUAUUGAUACUAUUAAAACUCUCAUCACUGUUGCUCAUACUGAUGGUAAUUAUCUGGGAAGCUCAUGGCUUGACAUAGUGAAGUGCAUUUCACAGCUAGAACUUGCUCAGUUGGUGGGUACAGGAGUUAGACCUCAGUUUAUAUCUGGACCCAGGUCACAUCACAAUGAUCAUUCCUUUCCAGAUCCUCUGAAGUUGAAUCUCAGCUCUUUUGAUCCUAGCGUAAAAGAAUCAAUCGAAGAGACGAGUUCACAAAGCGUUGUUCUUGCAGUGGACAGAAUCUUCACAGGUUCCACUCGAUAGGAUGGUGAUGCCAUUGUAGACUUCGUUUGUGCCCUCUGCCAGGUGAGAAUACUUUUUCAAGCAUGUGCAUUAUUCUGUACCGA